UUUCUGAGACAGUCCUGUAUAGCGUCAAUACGUUUUUAGAAGAGUAUACCGCUACAGUUGGUAGAAGCUGCACAGCAAACUACCUGAGUGAGUUAAGACAACUAGCAAGGGAGGGUUGACAGAGUUUUGAGGGAGUAUUAAAAAACAUGAUUAGUAGGAUGAGUGAGGAACUGGAUGAGCCGGAAGGUAGCAUCAGUGACACUGGAGAGCCAUCAGUUCAAAUAUUGGACUCCCCAGAACCUCAGGCAUCAGAGUCUGCCCAGCCCAUUCCCCAAACAAACCCAAAUCGCAGAAGAACUGUCUCUCUCUCAAAAUGACUUGUACCCACCUGAUGUGCAAAGAGUUGUGGUUGAACAUAUUGUGAGGAGGGAAGACAUAAGUUCUCACUCACUGUCUCCACUGCGACUUCGCUCUUUCUCUGGGAGAUAUCCUAAACCCAGUAAUGAAGUAGACUAUGAAACUUGGCGCUCUCACGUUGAUUUACUUCUCGCUGAUCCUAGUCUGUCUCCUUUACAAAUCACCAGACGGAUUCUGGAGAGCCUGCUGUCUCCUGCAGCUGAUGUAGUCAAAGGUCUUGGUCCUGAUUCCCUGCCUACCAUUUACUUGCAGGUUCUUGACUCAGCCUUUGCUACUGUCCAAGAUGGAGAGGAGCUUUUUGCUCGAUUCCUGAAUACCCUUCAAGACCCUGGUGAAAAGCCCUCGGCCUACCUACAACGGCUGCAGCGCAAUGGGAUUUCUGCUGUCAAAAGAGGAGGCAUUGAAGUAAGUGAAAUGGAAACACACCUAGUGAAACAAUUCUGCCGUGGAUGUUGGGACAACACAGUUAUUUCCAAUCUGCAACUAGAACAGAGAAAAGGAAAUCCUACAUCUUUUGCUGAGUUACUACUUUUGUUGCGCACCGAGGAAGAUAGACAGCUUUCAAAAGAGACACGCAUGAAGAAACACAUGAGCUCAUCCAAACAACGAAUUAACUUAAAUUCACAAACUACUUGUGCUGCAACCUCAGAGCACCAUUCAAAUGAGAUGGAAGAUCUCAGAAAUCAAAUGAAGAAGUUGCAGAGCCAACUAACAUCUCUGAUUUCUCAGAAUAAGACGCACUCUGUGCCACGGUAUGAACCGUGUCAAGUGAAUGCAUCACGGUCUGGAGCCGCUCGAACUGUUGCACCAAAGAAACUUAGCAAACCAAGACCAUGGUACUGUUUUAAGUGUGGUGAAGAUGGGCACAUCUCUACAUUAUGCGACAACGCAGCCAACCCAGAUCUGGUGAUGUCAAAACGAAGGGAGUUGCAACAAAAGCAACACAUGUGGGACGAAAAAAACACUUCCCGCAACCCAUCAAACUGAAGGCAGCUUCUGCAGAGGGACAGGCAGCGGCUGCAGUGACUCAAUGUCCCAGAAAAUGGCCUCCAUCACAGUGCACUUAUCUGUGCAAGUUACCAAAAGGACUAAUUGGCACCAAAAGCACAGCACAAGUGAAGAUGAAAGGAACAGUAUUCAAUUGUUUAUUGGAUACAGGUUCACAGGUGACUACGGUCCAGUGGUGUAUAGUAACGAAGUAGAAGUACUUCGUUACUUUACUUAAGUAGUUUUUUUGGGUAUCUGUACUUUAUUUUACUACUUAUAUUUCUGUUUACUUUUACUUUUACUUCACUACAUUUUGCAAUGAAAACUUGUACUUUUACUCCGAUACAUUUCCCCUGAAACAGUAUCGUUACUCGUUACUACGGAAAAAAAUAAUCAUGAGAAACAUCGGGGACUGUUGUGGAACACGCCGCAGCGCACCUGAACGCAGCACGAGCACCAGGUUGGGGAUCAGUGGUCCUUGCCGCGUGUUUUCUCUUCCCAGUGAUGCCCAGGAUGCUAGCGAGCGAGCGGCUACAGAUACGACUCAUUUCAUGUGGAGCAGCAAUGGAAGCUACUCGAACAACCACGGGGACCAAGAUCAACGUCCGUGGCCAUAUUUGGGCGAACUCUUUUCUUUGGUCGGAGUGAAAGUUUCUUCCUACCGGAUGAAGUGCCUCUUAUGCCGACCGAAAGCUACGGAGAUACUGGCCUUCAACAACUCACCAACCUCAGGAAACACAUUGAGGAAUGGACUACAUCAAGCAGCACAUGGAAGAACCCUCCCUGCAGCUAUGUGAUGCCACCAGGUCCAGUUCAUCUG